AUGGAUAACAUAUGUGAAAGGACUACUUGUACAGCAACACAGAGCUCGGUUAGAUUUGGUUUAUCUGCAGAUAAGGUGAUCGACGGAAAUAUCAAACAAAAUUACAGGAAUUGUUCACAUACUGAAAUGCGGAAAUCAGUGGCAUGGGUAAUGGUGGACUUUCAAAAAGCAAUCAAACUAAAAAACGUCGUUAUAUAUUACAGAAAUGAAGGUCAUUGGAAACCCUACCGGUUCAGGCAAUACCGAUUAGAGGUAUCCAAUUCAUCUGGUACGCAACAGUGGAUCCAAUGUUACAAAGAUAACACAGACUACCCUGCAGUACCCUCAAGUAUACAGAAUAUUUCGUGCGAACAAAUUACCCGAUUUCUCAGAGUUAUAUCAACGUAUGACGCUCCCGAAGAUGAUGGAUCCCCCGAUUAUUUAGUCGGAUAUGCUUUGCUUGAAAUAUGUGAAAUUCAAGCUUACGGCUGUAAUGUUGGUUUCUAUGGUCCAAAUUGUACGUCAUGCGAAGGAUGUGAAAAUUGCGAUAUUGUGUUAAUGAGUACGAUUUACAGAUUGAAAUCAAUUGUCACGUGCAGCCCUAACUGUGAGAAUCUUCAAUGCAAUGGAAAUGGACACUGCACUAGAGGAUGCAACCAGGGGUAUUGGGGAGAUAAAUGUCAGAACAAUUGUUCAUCGUCUUGUUCAACUACAGUCUGCAACAGACCGAACGGAAUCUGCAAUUCCUGUAGCGAUGGGUACUUUGGAGAAUUGUGUGAAAAUAUUUGUUCUUUGAAGUGCUUGCGACUAAAAUGCAAUAAAGACACGGGAUAUUGUUCAACCGGAUGUGCUCCAGGUUACUAUGGAAACUACUGCAACAGUACAUGUGGUAAUUGCAACACCACGACUUGUGACAGAUUGAACGGUAGUUGUAAGGACUGUAGUUCAAGCUAUUAUGGAGUUAAAUGCGAUCAAAAUUGUAGCAAGAACUGCCUUAAUCUAGAAUGCAGACAAAUAGAUGGGUAUUGUAGUAAUGGGUGCAAAAACGGUUUCUUUGGUUUUUUCUGUAAUAUGCAAUGUAGUGGGAAAUGUAUUCAAAACAACUGCAGUCAAAAUGGAACUUGUGUUAAUGGUUGUAAGACGCACUGGUCAGGGAAAAGAUGCGAUAGAUGUGAUUUUUCUCACUAUGGAUCUGAAUGCUCAAAGGAGUGUAGUGUAAAUUGUAUAAAACAGACCUGUCACAAUAUCACUGGUUUCUGCACCUAUGGGUGUUACAACGGAUUUUAUUCAGAAAAUUGCGAAAAGAAGUGCAGUGCAUCCUGCCUAUCAAAUUGUAACAGACAUUCCGGAGAAUGUGACGGCAAAUGUCCAGUUGGCAAAUUUGGAAACUAUUGCGAUAAAAUGUGCAAUCAAAAUUGUAAAUAUGGAUGUAAUAAAAACAAUGGGUUAUGUGAUUUUGGAUGCAUUGACGGAAAAUUUGGACCUGACUGUCUUCAGACAUGUAGUAUUGGGUGCAUUUCCGGCUGUCGCCAAAUCGAUGGGAGUUGCACUUGUGAGGCAGGAUGGCAGGGUCAUCAAUGUGAUGAAUGCAGCCAAACUCAUUACGGACAACGAUGUGAUCAAUUAUGUAGUCCAAUCUGUCUGAAUGGAACCUGUUUUUCAAACAAUGGGUCGUGUAAAGAGGGCUGCAAUAUCAACCUGUAUAAUGCCAAGCGUAUUCAAGAUAUGAACCAGAUUUCAAAGAGUUGUUCAAGCAAAGACAUUUAUUCAGCCCUGUAUGGAGUCCUCACAAUUCUCUUUCUAAGCAUUUUUCUCAACAUAUUCCUCAUUGUAAGGAAUUUCAAAAAAUCUCUUCUUAAAAAACAAACACCGAUCAUUGGUAUAUGUAAGAGUUAUCAGAAUUCAGCAGGAUAUGCAAACACGACUCUCGAUGACAAAGAAGAAGGAAAUAUAUACUACCAAGAACUUGGUGAAUUUAGUCAACCGUCUUUUGGUGACAGCAUAGAGGGAAAAGCAGGAUACGAAGAACUGAACAAAAAUAAUCAACCUUCUGAUUAUGACGAACUACAUUGAAUGUAGAUAAAGGACAGGAACCAUGUAAAGUUUCUUUGCAAAACAAUAUUUAUUUGAUGCUUUUACAGAUGAACAUGUAACGUAUUUUUCGCAUUUUUUAAUUGUGUUUUGAAAAAAAUAAAAUAAGAAAUAAGCAAGAAGUAUGAAAAGUUAAAAAAAACAUUAAAAGUUUUCUCAUACACACAAAACAAAAACGUGAACAUUUGUUUGGGUAUUGGCAGAUUAUUAUUCUAAGGAGAAUGCACAUAAACAUCAAAAUUUAACUGAAUUUUGAAAGGAAAAAAAAACAACAAGUUGUCUCGUAGAAUUCUUGAUCCCGCUGAUAAAGAAAAAAAUAUGGGCAAGUGCGGAUUUAGGAGGGGAUAGAUCAAGCAGGCAUAUUAAAAGAGUAAUUGGGGCCGUAGAGAGUUAUGGUAUACAAUUUCUUGCAAAAGAUUUUCGAGAUAUGGCCUGGAAAAUGGAUGUUUUUAACAUAUGCACAAUUUAAAUAUAUGAAUUUACAACCUUGACGCUUGACUUUUUGACGCCAAAAUAAAAA